AUGCCUCUACGGCAGAGUCUCCUGAGCUUCUACAAGUCGAGGACCGAGACUGUCAAGUCCAAACCCAUUGAAUCUUCCUUGACACGUCCUACUAUGACCCGAAGGCUCAGCUCGGCCUCAUCGGACACAGAUCCCGAUACUAUCGUGGUAUCUAACGGGCCAGCCAUCCAACUGCCUACCCCUUCCGAGAGCUCGUGUGACGUGUCUGUUCUCGACGCCCAGCUCAUCAAAAUGCAGCAAGUACCAAAAGGUCGAGCACGACGCGUCAGUUCACGUUUGACCAAGAGUGUGAGCCAUGACGGCCUGGUGGAACACGUUGAAAUGGAGAAUGCAAAGAGUAGAAAUGUCAGUGGUGAGACUCUGGUCAACUUUGACAACGCCAGCCAGUCAACCCUGGUCAAAGAGGGCAUCGCGGCAUUGGAUCUUCCUUGGAAUAUGAGUGCGGUGUUCUCAAAACAUGCAGACUCAACAAUGUCAUUCGAGCAAGACGAACAACUAAGAAAGGAGAGAUUAGCUGCCAAAAAAGCCAAGAUGGAGGAAAACAACAAAAUGUGGGAAGCGAGACGUAAAACUGCAGAGAAACAUGCCACUAGAAGAUCUUCCCGGAUGCCCGUCCUGGACAAGGCCGGAGAGCUUGUAUCAAGCAUAGCAAACAGUGUGCUUGGUAAGAGAAAGGACAGAUUGGCAGAGUCGACAUCAGGCUCAAGGAAAAGCAUGGGCAAUGACUCUCUUGAGAUAGCUCGAGAACCUGAUCCCAAGAAACGCCGUGUGAGCCAUGGAGAUUCUGCCCCGUCUGAAGAGCCAAGCCAGAAGAAAGUACCGGUUCGCCGACGAGAGAAGAAAUGGCUCGCAUCCGCCCUUUAUGCCGGUCAAACUAGAACAUUCGAUGGCCGGCUCACGGAGAGCAAGAACAGACGCCAGAGCGGCCAAACUGUCGCACCAAACAGGGGAAACAAGGUACUCCCUCUCCCUAUGUAUGCUGGAGAACGCCUUCUCAAGCAAGGGCGAGACUUCAAAUUACCAUUCGACAUUUUCUCCCCUCUUCCUCCUGGUCAACCGAAGCCUGACGAAUGGAAGAAGGUGAACAAGAAUGUGUUUGUGGGUGACGCCGCUCAAUCAUGGAGGGUAUCUAAAUACGAGGAACACUCCAGUUGCUUGUGCACCCCAGAGACAGGUUGCGAUCAGAAUUGCAUGAACCGUUACAUGUUCUACGAAUGUGACGAACGCAAUUGCAAUCUCAAGCCUGAAGAAUGUGGCAAUCGAUCCUUUGAGGAAUUGCGUCAUCGAGUCAAGAAGGGCGGAAAGUACAACAUCGGUGUGGAAGUCAUCAAGACUGAGGAUCGCGGUUACGGGGUACGAAGCAAUCGGAGUUUCGAACCAAAUCAGAUCAUCGUCGAGUACACCGGCGAGAUUAUCACACAAGAGGAAUGUGAGAAGAGAAUGAAGACGAUGUAUAAAAACAACGAGUGCUAUUAUCUUAUGCUUUUCGAUCAAAACAUGAUCAUCGACGCAACUCGAGGCUCGAUUGCUCGCUUCGUCAACCAUUGCUGCGCUCCAAAUUGUCGAAUGGAGAAGUGGACAGUGAAUGGAAAGCCUCGAAUGGCUCUAUUUGCUGGUGAUAGAGGCAUCAUGACAGGCGAAGAGCUCACAUACGACUACAAUUUCGACCCCUACUCUCAGAAAAACGUCCAACAAUGUCGGUGUGGCGCCGACAACUGCCGCGGUGUACUGGGCCCACGACCAAAAGAGGAAAGAAAACAAAAGUCUCCUGACGAGGAUAACAAGAAGACGAAGACCAGCAAACUAGCAGGAGUUAAGAGAAAGCUCGCAGAGGCAAUCGAAGGAACCACGAACCGCGUUACGAAGAAAGCAAAGAUCAGCCAGCCGAAGGCCAAAGUUUACAAGAGUACCGGCAGAAAUUCUAUCAAGAGCAGUCCAAUCAAGGUUCGUAAGGUCAAGCUCUUGAAAAAAGCCGUCAGUCGAAAGACCAGCGCGACUGCUGUCGGUCUAGCAAGGCGCCCAUCGAAGCUGAACAAACUAGUUCAGAGCGCAAAGGGCAAGGCGGUUGGCAAGAAGGCUGAUCAAAGGAUCGUGUCCACGUCAUCUUCAACAGCGCUGAUCUUGAAACCGAAGACAAACCAAGCCACCAAGCCACCAAGUAGAUCCUCCAGUUUGCGUGACAAGGCCUCGAGUGUUAGGAGUCGAGUGGUCAGGACAGUUCGAGGACGUGAGAGUGGCAGGACCCGGACGAUUCGACCCAUUAGCAAUGAAGCCGAAGAGGUGUGA